AAAUAAUAAUAUUUCAUGAUAAGUGAUGAUCGGAAUGAGAUUGUUGAAUGUGAUUCAUGUGGAAUAUCUGUUCAUGAAGCUUGCUAUGGGAUUCAGGAAUCUGGUAGUAUCGCAAGCACAUUAUCUGAUGCGAGUACUGAGCCUUGGUUCUGUGAACCAUGUAGAGCAAACAUAGUAGAUCCUACGUGUCAGGUGUGCCCGAAUACAGGAGGAAUAUAUAAGGAAACUGAUGUAGGAACCUGGAUUCAUCUUGUCUGUGCUCUCUAUACUCCUAAUAUUAGUUUCUUUGAUCCGGAGAGAAUAACAAGAGCGACCCUGUUUGAGAUGAAUUAUCAGAAUUGGGGUCGGCGGAGCUGUAUGCUGUGUAAGGAGGAGAAACUAGCUAGAACUGGUGUGUGCGUUGAAUGUGAUGCUGGCAUGUGUAAAUCUUUCUUCCACGUGACCUGUGCUCAAGAGCAGGGACUUUUGUCGGAACCAAAAGAAGACGACCACGAAUCCUACUUUGCCCACUGUCGAAUGCACUCGGACAAGGAGACGAUGCGUCGCCGUAAACGCAACUGGUUAACCCAUCUCCUGCAGUACAAGGAGAGAGCCGUCAUUAUCCGACGAGAUUUUAGCAAUCUAGAUUUCUCCGCCGUCGAAGAAUCAUCGGUCAAACGAAUUCUUAGGAAGCUGAGAUAUCAGCAGGCCAAGUGGAGUGUAAGUAGAGCGCGCCCCGCCUGGAUUCCAACACAGAAAUUGCCGCGCUCUCUUCUCACCAGCAGCUCAGCUGUUCGUAAGCUGACCAGGAAGAUUGAGUUACAGGGGUGGGAUGGCGAGGCACUGGAGGAAGCGGAAAAGAACAGAGAAAUUCUUGCUGAUAUUAGUAAAAGAUGGGGUGUUAAUCCUGCAUGGAAUGUGGAGUAUGUUGCGUACUACCAUGAUCGGAAUAAUAGAAUAUUGACUAUGCAGGAGAGUCUUGCAUCUACUGUACUAACUAAUAAUGAACUGACUGAUACCCAAACUGUGAUCCGUGAACAAUACUCAACUUUAGUUCAGGAGGAGGAGGAUGUGAACUUGUUAAAUAAGGAGUUAAAGGAGAAGGUUAAACUCUACCAGGACUUCCUCACCAGGUUGGAUCCUCUAAAGAGAAAUAUCCCGGAAGUAAAUUCAUCGAAGAGAGAAUCUAAAACCACUCCAGGCGGAAGGAAAGCUGGUUUAGACAGGAAGCAAGCCAAACCUGGAAAACCAAGCACUGUGAUAAGUUCUCCCACACUGGGCCUAAAUUCGUGUAAACUCUGCGGGAAGAACAAAGACCAGCAUCUUCUAGCUCACUGUGAUGUUUGCAGGGGAUACAGACUACAGAGUAAAUAUAGAAUUACAGGGGAUACAGACUACAGAGAUCCCUCCGAACCUUUUUCUUACGAGAUACAGAAUAUCGAUGUCGAAGCUCCACGGGCAUCCAGGAAACGUCGAGGAAAUUUCCCCAGUGGUGCUGAGAGUGAUGUAGAAAUAGUUUCCCCCCCUCCUCCUCCUCCGUUGAAAUCUCCUCCCAAUAAGAAAGCUCGGGAGCUAAAUGCGAGUAUAUCUAAGAAACUAUCGAAAACAAAACCUAAAGUAUGUUUGCCAAGGAUCACAGAUAGGAAUUCAAGUGACACCUCUCCUGCUACUAGUAGAGAUCUGAAUACUGAAGUUGAUGAAGAAAUUCAGAUUAUAGAAACCAUUAGUUCUCCUCCUCUACCCUCCGCCUCAAGGGUUCCUCCUACCACACCCCUCUCCAACCGAUCUGCUCCGCCCCUGGUAUCCCCUGAGUCUCGUUCUCCUGGGUCUCGAGGAGGCAGGGGGAGGAUAGAGAAGAGAACAACACGAAGAUCUGAACAGAAAACACGGGCAGAUAAUAUAUCCAUUAAGGUAUCUCAACCGACGGACUCAGUGCUCUUAAACGGCGAUGAACCGCUGCUGAAAAAUGGUGUGGGUUCUAGCCUUCUGCCGAAAAAGCUUUUCACGAGCAAACCAACAGUGAAAGAGUUGCCAGAACAUAUCGAGAAGAGGGAAUUUAAGGAUUGGUUGGGAAAGAAACUGAGCCCUGAGAAAACUCAUAGAAAUGUAGUUAACGGGUUGAAAGAUCUUAGUGACGAGGUCUCCAGUGAUAUCAACGCCGAGGUUAAUCCAAGCUUUAUAUCAGUCAGACUUCAAGACUCGCCCUCCUUCUCAGGAUCUGAGGCCUCAGGCCGGACCCCUGAGGAAUCUGACGCUAAAAGAGAACGCAAACGACAGAAGAAAGAGGAAAGGGUGAAGAGGAGAGAGGAGAAAAGAAAAUUAAAAGCCUUGAUGUCCGUUAAUAUUGUCAGUGAUGACCCGGAUAUUGAGGAGAACGAUGAUUCCUGUGUGAUCAGGAUAGCUCCAAAGCCCAUAAAGAUUAAGAUAAAGAUGCCCCCGGCAGAUCCACAAACUCCCAAUCCCUCGUCUGUCUAUAUGCACCCAAAGAAGAAGAUGGUACAAAUGGACUCCUUGGCAAAUGUCCACGUGGUCAAUGGCGGUGGCCAUUUUAAACAAAGCGGAGAACCUUUAGUCCAAUCAGAACUCAGAGGAGUUGAAUCUUUAAACCAAUCAGAAAACAGAUCAAGCCAAUCGGCGCACGUAGCCUCGCGGACUGAUCUCAGUUUCCCGCCAGAUUUUGACCAAUCAGAGUCCAGUAUGUCCGGGGUUCAAUCUGAACAUAGUUGGGGGACAAAUGAAAAUGGCGAAGGAAGAUCAAGAAGAUCUCGGACACCUGGAAUUGUGAAGAAAGGUCGGGAUAAGAGAACUAAAUGUGAUGUAUGUCUUGGAGAAGGAGAUAAUUCAAAUCUGGUUAGAUGUGAUGAAUGUGCCAAAUGUUACCAUUUCUACUGUCUUAAUCCUCCAGUUAAGAAAACACCUAAGGUUGUUGGUUGGGGCUGGUCCUGUUCCGACUGUGCUCCUUCAGACGUGGAUAAAAGUUGGCAUCUAUAGCACAGGCAGGGCAAAUUUAUCAUUGGAGAGCUUCUCCCCCCCCCCUGCCCCCCCCUACAGUUGUCGGACUCAUAAAAAUGUGUAA